UUGACCUCGAAAUAAACAGCAAAAAAUGGUUUCCGAAAUUUUGCCCAAGCUUCCUGUUCUAGAUUUCUCCAGGAAAGACUUGGAGCCCGGAACAACUACUUGGUUCAAAACGUGUAAUGAUGUUCGGCAAGCUCUUGAAGACUAUGGCUGUUUCAUAAUGGAGUACAAUAAACUUCCACCGAAACUUUGCGGUGAAGUUUUUGGUUGCUUAAAAGACUUGUUUGAUCUCCCCACUGAAACCAAAAAGAAAAACAGAUAUGAAAAACCCUUAAAUGGCUACGUCGGCCCAAUUCUUAAGCUUCCUCUCCAUGAAAGUAUGGGCAUCGAUGAAGCAACAUUUCUACAAGCAACUCAAAACUUUUCAAAUAUCAUGUGGCCACAAGGAAAUGAUCAUUUCAGUAAAACUGUGCACACAUAUGCAAAGCUGGUGGCGGAGUUAGAUCAAAUGGUGACAAGAAUGGUGUUUGAAAGCUAUGGGGUGGAGAAGUACUAUGAUUCUUACAAGACCUCAAUCACUUACCUCCUUCGAGUCUUGAAAAAUAGAUCCCCCAAGGGGGAUGAACCUAAUCUAGGUUUUGUUACUCACACUGAUAAGAGUUUCACCACCAUUCUUCAUCAAAAUCAAAUCAAUGGUCUGGAGAUUGAUACAAGGGAUGGCCAGAAAAUUAAUGUUGACUUUUCUUCACCUUCAUCGUUUGUGGUCAUUGCUGGGGAUGCAUUUAUGGCAUGGAGCAAUGACAGGAUACAUUCUCCGAGCCAUCGAGUGAUAAUGAAAGGGGAAGUUGACAGAUACUCUCUUGCGUUGUUUUCAUUUGGCAAUGGAAUUGUGGAAGUUCCUGAGGAGCUUGUUGAUGAUAAACACCCUUUACAAUACAAACCCUUUGAGCAUCUCGGACUGCUGCGUUUCUUUCGCACGGAUGAAGGCUACAAAGCCAAGUGCCCCAUCAAAGCCUAUUGUGGUGUUUAAUAUUUCAAAUCUUUAGUUAGUUAUGUGAUCAAACUAUGAACUCUAUGUUAUGUAUUUUUUAAGACGGAAUGACAAAUACUAGCAUGUGUGUGGUACCCCAGUAAUCUCAAAGGUCCUCUAAAU